UAUAUUAGGGUAACCUCAAAAAUGAGAAAUAUUGCAUUGGAAACUACCUGAAAUAAAAUGUAUAUUUCAUUUCAGUUAACAUUUAUUUGAAGUAGCAAUUUUAUAAUGGUUUAAGUUAACUAUAACAUCUUAUAUGUAGACUUAAAUGACUGCUGCAACCUUUUAAAGCGGCCUGAGGACUUUAAGUCUCCGGUUUCUUAUUCGUUAGCCAUCCCUCGCCCGCUAGUGUAAUCUGAGGUCUUAACUGAGUUGCUUUAAUCUUGUUUUUGCUCUAACUGCUCCCAUUACAGAUUGCACUUCCAGCACCUCACGGUCCAAUCCUGUAAUGUGAUCGGCAGGUAAAAACCCUCUUGGGGUGCAACAGGAUUCAAACCUCAGAAUGCAUGCAAACACACAUUUUCCAUGUGAGCUCACCUAAUACUUGUCACCAUUUAUCAAAUAUACGAAAGUCUUCAACAAAUGUGCAAAUCAACCAACAGUGCUAAAUGCAUGAUAUUUGAUCCGCAGCGGUCAUUAACCCUCAUGCUGAGUCACUGGCUUCGUGUUGUUUUGUGAACCGUCGGUCGCAGUAUAUCUUACUCUCAGUCGAUCAACUCUGACCCCGUCUAACAACAAUCAGCAUGCAUUUUUCAUCAGCCUAUCCGUUACAGCCGGACUGCUCUUCACAAACUUCCCGAGACUCCAGCUGAAGCUUUAGACUCAAUGCAAACCCAUGCAAUGUUGUUGAAAUAGAUGAAGCGAAGGACAAGAUCGCAGGCGAGGUGAAACACAAUGAAACAGGCCGUGCAUCUCUGCGGAUUUAACGGAUGGUGUAUGCAGAGCGUUGCACCUCGGCUCUUCUUCUCUUGACACUCAUCGCAGGUUUUUUGACUUUUUGGUUAUUCAAGUGUCUUCUUUUGUUUGGAGGCGGAAGAAAAGAAUGGCCUCGUGUCUUUGAAUGCAUGAGCUGACACUGCAGACAUAAACGAUGGCUUGUGCUCAGGGUUCCUAUAACAUCAGUCUGGAAAAGGACAAGCGUGAGCCUCUGCAGACCUUCCCAUCAUGCCCUCAUGACUCCACUGGCUCUCCUCCAGAUCUGCUCUUAAACACGGCUCUUCCUCUGCUCAUGGCUCCAGUGAUGACUGACACGCCACUCACCCUGAUUCCUGGAUCUGCUACGAAAAGCUCCAUUUCUCAGAGUCUCACAGACGUGGCUCCUCAGUUGGCAGUGCUGCCUCUGUAUGGAGCAGGAAGUGCCUCCAUGACGUUUCCUGUCCGUCCUGUGACGCUGACCGAGACUGCGCACCCACAGGUCUCUGCUGGUUGUGUCCAGCUGCUGGGGGUCUCUGAACUGGCCCCGUACACGCUGUCAGCACUCAUGCCACAUCUGUUAAACCCUCCUGAGAGAGACUCCUGUGUCCUCACCGACCCUAAAACCACAGCCAAAGAAGAAGAGAUCAGCAUAAAGGACGCAGACAUUAGUGCCUCUAAAAACCCUGCUACUGAUGAGACGGAUGUCUCCGGGAUCAGACUCGGUUGGUCACGUCUGGUGUUAAUCACGACCCUCAUCCCCAUCUUCAUCAUCCUCACCGUCUGCAUCGCUGUCACAGUGAAGUUUGUGAGCUUCCCGAACAAAGAGCGAGACAUUGACCCCCCUGCUGGUGGCUCACAGAACUGCACCCUCUCACCCUCGCCCUUCUAUUCGGUCAAAUAUCCAGCUAAUGACACCGUCAGCAUUCCCUCGGAUUGCUCCGUGGCAAUGAAUGCUGGGUCUCGUGGGACACGUAUUGUUGGUGGUAAGGAGGCUGUGAAGGGUCAGUGGGGUUGGCAGACCAGUUUACAAUGGCGGGGCAGACACGUGUGUGGAGGAGCCAUCGCCAGCCCUCGCUGGGUCAUCACUGCCGCCCACUGCUUCAUGCAAUAUGGCAUGAAGAUGGAGUCAGACUGGAUCGUGGUGGUUGAUACCGUGAGCAUCUCAGAUGCAUCUCAGGGCAAACGUUACCUCAUACUACAGAUACACCAGCACACAGGAUUCUCACAGGACAACAACGACUACGACCUGUGUCUGCUGCGCACACACACAGAGAUGGAGACGGGAGAUGGCGUGAGACCCGUGUGUUUGCCCCGUCAGAGAGAGUCGUUUCCUCCUGGUUCGUCCUGCUGGGUGACGGGCUGGGGUUACACACGGGAAGGAGGCUCUGUGUCCUCACACCUGAGACAGGCUUUCGUUCAAGUCAUCGAUCAAGCCGUCUGCUCUCAGCCCUAUGUGUACGGCUCCCAGCUCACUCCCAGAAUGCUUUGCGCCGGCAUUAUGGAGGGAGGAGUCGACUCCUGUCAGGGAGACAGCGGGGGUCCUCUGGUGUGUCGGGCUGAAGCGGGGGGCUGGUGGUUGGCUGGUGUGGUGAGUUGGGGUGAAGGAUGUGGACGAGUCAAUAAACCGGGUGUUUACACCAGAAUCACUCCGCUGCUGCAGUGGAUUCAUCAAACCAUCAGUGAUGAAAUUGAAGAGUCCUUCUCGACGGUCACCACAAAGAAAAAUCUCUUUUGAAAACUGUCAUUAAUUAUUAUUAUACAAUUUGUACAAGGCCUUAAUCUUCCAAGUGGAUUUCAUAUGUAACAUAGUCUGCAAUAAAAGAUCAUUACAUGCAGAGCAUCUGAUUUGAUGAUUUGAUCUGAGCGCGACUGGAGUCACGUACACUUUAUCAAAGUGAUGAAUGGAAUGUGGUUUAUUCAGCUGAUUCACUCUGACUGUCUCUGAUCCUGAGUCUGAAUCUGAUCAUGUACCUGGAAACUCAUCAAGACAGCUCAUGAAUAUU